AAUGCAGAGGUGUCUGUGUUUGAGGUGAACAUCCGGUUUGUUGGAGGUCUGCUGUCCGCCUACUACCUGUCUGGAAAAGAGGUUUACCGUAGGAAGGCGGUGGAGCUGGGUGAAAAGCUGCUGCCAGCCUUCAAAACGCCCACCGGCAUCCCCUGGGCUCUGCUUAACCUCAAGAGCGGUGUUGGGAGGAACUGGCCCUGGGCGUCUGGCGGCAGCAGCAUCCUGGCAGAGUACGGCACGCUGCAUUUAGAGUUCAUGCACCUCAGCAAACUCUCUGGGAAUCCUGAGUUUGCACAGAAGGUAAUGAACAUCAGGAAGGUCCUGAAUCGCCUGGACAAACCUCAGGGUCUGUACCCCAACUACCUGAACCCCAACAGCGGCCAGUGGGGCCAGCAUCACGUGUCUGUGGGUGGCCUUGGUGACAGUUUCUAUGAGUACCUGCUCAAGGCCUGGCUGAUGUCUGACAAGACUGACGACGAAGCAAAGAAGAUGUAUUAUGAUGCCCUGCAGGCGAUAGAAACGAACCUGAUGAGGAAGUCGAGCGGCGGGCUGACCUACAUCGCGGAGUGGAAGGGGGGGCUGCUGGAGCACAAGAUGGGUCACCUGACGUGUUUCGCCGGCGGGAUGAUCGCUCUGGGAGCCGACGGAGCGCCCAGCGACAAGACGGGCCACCAGAUGGAGCAGGCCGCCGAGAUCGCACGCACCUGCCACGAGUCCUACGCCAGAACCUCUCUGAAGCUGGGUCCGGAGGCGUUUCGUUUCGACGGCGGGGUCGAGGCCAUCGCCACCCGGCAGAACGAGAAAUACUUCAUCCUCCGCCCCGAGGUCAUCGAGACCUACAUGUACAUGUGGAGGUUCACACACGACCCCAAAUACAGGGAGUGGGGCUGGGAGGCGGUCCAGGCUCUGGAGAAGCACUGCAGGGUGGAGGGAGGCUACAGCGGCGUCAGAGACGUCUACGCCUCGACUCCAAACCACGACGACGUGCAGCAGAGCUUCUACCUAGCAGAGACACUCAAGUAUCUCUACCUGCUCUUCUCCGAUGACGACCACCUAGCCUUCGACCACUGGGUGUUCAACACCGAGGCUCACCCUCUGCCCGUCAUCAAGAAGGACAAAACAGACAUCCCCAACGAGGUGGAGUAGAGACGACCUCAUCGUUCACUAAAGACCCUCUGAUCCUGUCCCCUGAGCCUCCUGCUGAAAACACUUCGCCUCGCGGAGCUGCAGAAGCCUCUCCGAUGGGCUUCCUCUUUUCAUUUCUAACGGGAUCAAAAACAGAAUUCAACUCGUGAAUUCUUGCUGUAGAAUCCAGUUUUUCUUUUUUUUCUUGAACCGACAUUUACUGCCGAGUCAUCAGACAGGUUGUAAUGUUCCUGCAGUGUUAAAGGACUCUCUGAAGAUGUCAUUACAUCGAGCGGCAGUUGAUGUCUCAUCCAGAGGGACACAGUUAACCGUCAGUGAUUUUGUUGUGAGUAGCUACAGCUUUUUGUGUGUGAAGGGCAGAGACCUCGUGUGGAUGUUUGGGAGCUGAUCUUUGGGCACCAGAAGGACUGCAGCUCUGGUCUGAGGAUUACAAAGGCGGACUUUAGAGGACGUCGACAUUUCUCCGGCUUUAUUACCACAAUAGGAACCCUGCUUUUACAAAACCGCGUGGUUGUCUCUGUGGGAGUGACGGAAAGACGCAGCACAACCAGAGCUCCUCUGCUUCCUGCUCCGUCUCCACCUGACUGCUUCCUCUGGGAGUGUUGGUGUGACUCCAGCUCUCUGCCUGCCACUGAUUCACUUUCUCCCCCCGACGUUUACACAAAGCUCUCCUUCUGCUCAUCUCGUCUUUAACUCAUCUGUGUCUUUAUCUGGCUUUGUGCAUCCCGGAUUCAUUUCCUUUUCUCCCUAUUUGCACUGAUAUUUCUGGGGUUCGACUCAGACUGGUUUCUCAAAUCCACGAGUAAAUAAUCUUUCCUUUCAUUCUUGUUUGCAGGAUUUGAUUUCUUGCUAUCUUGAAAAUAAGCUCAUUGCCAAUGAAUACAGGGUUUCAAAAGAGUCUUAUAGUGUACGACCAAAUAAAAGAAAUACAUCUCACCUCUGUCCACUUUUGUAGAGCCGUCAACCACAUGUCGGUUGCUCAGCUGUCAUGGGGGGUGAUCAUGCAUUAGGCGAUUUAACACAUCUUGUAAAUGGACAUUCAGUUAUUUAUAUACUUGGCACAAACUAUGUCCUAAAUCAAUCAAAAAUGUUCACUCCCAUUAUUAUUGUUGGAUUAAAGUCAUUGAAUCGAGGAAAUUUGAUUUAGAAUUUCCACAAACAGCUUCUGCAAAUAUUGCUUUCCUUCAAUUCAUCAAAAAUAACAUUAACAUGCCUAAAAAAACUGCAUUUUUAGACCCAAAAAGUCUCUAAUGAUGGGGACUCAAACCUGAGUAUCAGUCAAACCCUCUUCUUCCUCUUCCCUUCUCUGUCCUCCAGCUCCAGUGUAGAGCAGCCUGUAGGAUCUUCUCUCCUCUAUGAGGGGACGCAGACACUCGACUUAUUUCACCCCCACACACACACACACACACACACACACAAGAAGCCAUACUGAUUCCAGCAGCUUUACCAUUGUGACGUUGAGAUUUUCUUUGUUCCCUUCAUCCUCAUUUGUUCAUAAAACUGUGUUUGUACAUUUUCAUCAUCCAUGUCUGUUCUUCAGUAAGGAUUCCUGCUGCUGCCUCUCAGAGCUGCAGCCAGAUACAAGUCCAGGUAGUGUUCGAGCUAGUGCCUUCACUGAGGAGAAGGAGUAGCAGUAUCACCCGCUUUAAACAGUCACAGAGCUUUAGGGAAAGUGCCCCUGCCUCAGAUGAGGAUAAUUCCUGCUUUUGAAUUAGAUAUUUAAUUUAACUCUGGAUAGAAAUCAGCCCAAGAGGUGACACCGUGGCUCCUUUCUGAUAAGUGGAAGAUCAGACCUGUGGAUAUCCAUCUGAGGAUUACAUUUGAUUCAUAUAAUAUGUGUGCUUUUCCUCCAGAGGCUAACAUCUGUCUUUACACCUGUAGAAGUCCCAGUGAUUUCCUUUACUCUACUGACAUCUAGUGGUGAGGUCUGUCUAUUACAGUCCAUGUGAGACAGGGUUAGAUGACUGGAGUGUGGAAAGUAAAGAACAUUAUGUACCAGUCACUUAUUUACUUCUGCUUUGGACCAAAACUUGAGAUUACAAUGUCUAUUUGUUAGGAUUAAGGAAAUGUAUUCCACUCAUUAUUCAAUAUGUUAUCAGACGGUCCUAUUAUUACAAAAAACUGAGUAUUCUCAGCUCAGGAAACAAAAAUAAAGUCACUUAAUUGAAAUAGAAAAUGACCAAACCUGGAUUCUUUGGUCUUUUGACCUCUGAUAGAUGCAAACUAACUUUCAGAGUUUAAUUUAUGCACUUAUUCUUCAAUUUGAGCAUUUAUCGUGUCUAUUUGAUGGAGAAAUUACAUUAAAAGAAGGUAAUGGAAAUAAAAAAAUACCCAUAAAUCAGCUUUAAACCGACUGUCUGAAAUACUUGCAAAUGUUUCAACUGUCUCAACUAAACUGAGUGACAGCGUUCACUACUUUAGGACUUUAGGCUGUAAAGGAAAAGUCUGCCAUCUUGGCUCCUGGUUUUCACCCAAAUGUAUUAGUUGAAAAAAAGACCCAGAUGGUUUCAAAAGGUGUUUUUUCCACAUGUGUUUCCCAGCAUAUCCAAAAUGUGUUGAGUUUCUUACUUGAUUUUCCACCCGGUUGUAUUCAUAGAAAUGAAUGGACACUGAUUAAUUCCCCAAUGUAACAACCUAUGUACGAACAUAUCAUAUCAUGUGGAUCAUAGUUGGAUAUUAUUAGUUGUGCGCUGUGAGGAAUCCCUCCAUUUUGUUCACUGUACAAACUCCUCCUGUGUUUCCGUGUUUCUGUUUCUCAGUUGCUUUGGAGGCAUUUAUUAUCCAUGUGAUGUUGUGUUGUAAUGGUUGAUUUAUGCAGAUUGUGUUAAUUUAUUCUGUCGUGGUGAACAUAGGACUUUGUGGAGCGGACCACCAGGGGGCGCUGUGGGCUUAAUGCAUAUGUAUCUACCAAAAAAAAAGACGUGAAAGCUCCUGUAGGUGCGACUUUUCUUAACAUUAUGAAAUCACCAAUGAUCAAAGGUGUUAAGAAAUGCUGCUUUUAUAGUGAUGGGAAUGGAAACCUGGGAUCAAACCAACGGGAGGAUAGGAACUGUCUGAAUGUACCAUCCAAUGUGAAGUGAAUAAUAUUUUGUAUGCAUUUAUUUCUUGUCUUCUUGUGUUCACUUCUGCGUGCUUUUGUUGUUCAUUGAUCUUGGAAAGCACAAAGAGUGUGUGCAGACGGAGAGAAGUGUUUUCUAAAAAGCUGUUAAUGUAGGAAAUGAUCCAAAUCCGCCCCGCCAGGCGCAUCCCAACGUGAUAGAUGACACGGAGAAUAGGAAUAUUCAGCAAUAUCUCAUAAACAAGAUCUAUUUAAGAGUUUAUUAUAUAUAGUUAAGAAGAUAUGAAAACUUCGAGAUAUGAAUAACGGUCUGGUUCAUAGAGAUGUGUGUUUGGUGAUGAAGGAAAGUGAGGUUUUGCAGAUUGUGGAAAACAGCGCUGUAAUGCAGCUCAGUGUCCAUUAUAAGGACACUUUAAAUAUGAUAUUUUGGCCCAUUAUUGGCUUCUUAUCCGGCCAGUUUCAACAAUCUUGAGUGAAGUAAAGUAGCCAAGAAUUUAUUUGAUUGAGAUGAUUUAAUUUGGUUCAUAUUUGUCUCUUCUUUCAUUCACACUUAAGAUAUGACCACGUGGUUUUAUGGCCUGGAUGCAAAGUCAAAUAAAGAUAGUAAAAGUGAACUUCUACUUUUGGUGGUGAUUUAGUGAAUAUUAGUCGCACAAAGAAGAGUGGAAGGAAAUGAUUGUAGUUCAUAAUCUUCCUUUGAUAUAAGUAGUUUCAUUGUAAGGCUUUAUUGCAACAUAAGGAUAUUGAUGCAGCCUGGGUUUAAUUGAUUAUUAUUAUAUAUUAAUUCUGAUUACAAAUCAAACGUAUAUUCUUCUAGAGAUGGAACUGGUGGGGGUUAUAUAUGUGUGUCUUCAAAAAGUAUGACGGUGGUUGUUUUUCAAAGAUGUCUCGAUGGACCUUUGAACGAACGGUUUCAUUUGGGACUGAAUGGUGUGUUCAAGUAUCUGUGUGCGAGUAUUUGACUUGUAAUCCAGUUUUAAAGGUUUGAUGGAAAGACAGACUCUUGAUGGAUUGGGAUAAACACAAAGUCAGCGGAUUAAUUUCUGAAGAUUAAUCUGAACAAGUCAUUUUUAACACUUUGUUGUUCUCACUGAUCCGUCUACCUGAAUGCAGAGGAAACGCAGAAUGUAUUUGAUUUUUCAGAUUGAAAGCUUCACACCGUGGGACAUCAGGCAUCUGCUCAUUUCCAUAUGGUGAUUUCUCUUGUGUUGAUUCAAUGCCUUUCUUUCGGUGACAAUUAAAGGGUAACUCCACCUUUUUUUGUAUUCAGAAUUAAGUCAGUCUUUGCGGUAAAUGAACCACUUCUCCCAAAAUAUUUUCUAAUUUAUAUCACUCUGAAUCUUUACUUUAAUCACGAGUGUUCACCAAACACGACUGAAUUCAUCUGGAUGUAAAAAAUGGUCCGCGUUGCCCUUUAAAAGGUUUGAAUGAGUGAACCUCAGAAAUGUAUCUGUACAAAAUAUUGCUGAUAAUCAUUCCAUUGCACAUAGUUUACUUUGCGUUUAUAUGCAAUAUCUUAAUUUUGUGGGGAAAAUCUGUUUUGUUGUGUUAAUGUUAUUAUUAUUAUUGAAAAAAAAGUGUAAAUAUUCCAUUGAGGCUAAUGAGCCGAAUUACAUUUAUAUAAAAAUCUUCUGAUCUUAUGGAUUAAAAUGAUAUUAAUAAGCAGCAGACUUUUUAAGAAACUAUAUUUGUUACACUUCUAUUGUGAAUAAAAAAAUCUUUUAAUA